GCCAGCGUUAGCAAUGAGGUUCAACUUUCAAACACUCAUGAGUAUCCCAGUUGGCGCAUUGUUUCAAUGAACUGGUUCGGAUUCGGCUUUAAUGCUUUCGGGCAAAUAUCGGACCGCGGGAAACCAUCACAAGGCGACGAUGAUGAACAAAGUUACACGUGUUUGACGCCGAUACGUCUGAACCACCUGGGUGGCCGCGAGGAGGGAGCUGAGUGUCAACAGGGGCGCGUGGGGACAGAUCAGCUGAGCGCGUGCUGGAGCCGCACGGCCUCGCUAUGUUUACAAGACCAGGGUCGUGUGUUCUUAUCGGGCUUCGGAGCCGACGAGAAUGGAAGUCACAUGAGUGCAAGCCUGGGCUGCCAGGACGCUUUGCUCGGGGAGCGAUACCUCACCCUGGGGUUUAGAGACAGAGUGGAGUGCUGGGACGUCCAGCGCCGCGACCCGGCCCCGGCAUGGAGCAUGGAAUCCCCGCCCGAGGAGGAAGCUGGGGCCUCCCGCCGGCUGCCGCUAGUCCCGGGGGGCUAUAUAGCCUCCAAACCGCCAUUCUACCGGCCCCUGUCGCCCCAGUUGAAGGCUGUGAGCUUGGCCCUUGGGGCGGAGCAUGCCAUCCUUCUCAGCGGCUGUGGAACCGUGUAUACCUGGGGAAUAGGAAGCCACGGUCAGUUGGGCCACUCUGGAUUGACCCCUGAGAAGGAGCCCAGGCCGGUGGAGGCCCUUUGGGGGGUCCCCAUCGACUCUGUGUCUACAGGAGGCUGGCACUCUGCCUGUGUUAGUGCUGGGGGCGACCUGUAUGUCUGGGGCUGGAAUGAGUCCGGCCAGCUCGGACUUCCUUCUCUAGCUAUGCGAACAAGCCAAGAGCAGAAGAGGUUUAAAGGAACUGCAUCGUGCCAAGAGGCCGGCCCAGUGACCAGAGGAGAGGAGCAGAAGGAAGGGGAAAGCCAGGACGUGUUUAUAUCCAUUCAGGCCUUCCCGGCCUUGCUGGACAUCACUGAGUCAUGUGACGUCGCCAAGGUCAGCUGUGGCUCGCGACACACCGCUGCGGUGACAACGACUGGUGAUCUCUACACUUGGGGAUGGGGCGAGUACGGCCAGCUAGGUCACGGGACAGCAUCGAGCUCAGACGAGCCUCAUUGCGUGGACUUCUUCAGGCAGGAGGGCUUCAGGGUGGUUGAUGUUGUCUGCGGGCCUUGGAACACUUUUGCCAUGGCAACCAAGGAGGAAGUGGCGCAUUGUUAAAAUCACACACCUGUGGAUUCUCCUUGGUGAUAACAGACAAUGGACCUCGAACUUUGGACCUCCAAGAAUUGCAUCAGCUGAAAAUAUCCUGUUUGUCAAUUAAAUACAAGGUUUACUUUUAUAAUUCAGUCGGCUUUCUCAUGUAAAACUAGACGCAUCCACAUUGUUUAGGGAACUUUAAUACACAAGUUUAUUAUUAGUUUGAUAAGUAACGGUUAAAAAUAGUACGAUAAAAAAGAUCUUUGCAUUGCACAACAUUGUACAGUAAAAAAAUCACAGAAAAAUAAAUUAAGUAUUUGCAUGUUUAAAAACUGCCUAACAUUAUCGAAAAGGAACAAGUAUAGAAUUAGAAUCACACAGUAGAUCUGUUUCCAAAGCUCUUUCACAUCUUCACAGCACAAUCUUGAAAGAACUGUGGAUACAAAAACGGAUUAUGAAUCAGCAUCAGGGGCAGCUAAGGAGGAACGGUAUUGAUGAGUAAUAUAAAGCAUUGGGAUGAUAAUGACAUUUCACCUGACAAAAUCUGGCGAUCUGGAAAUAACAUGCUGGAACUCGGAGAGGUUCACCGUGCCGUCCUUGUCGAUGUCAGACUCCUCCAGGAUCUAUGAAGUACGCAAAACCUCUAAACCACGGCUGCAGCAACACAAUCGACCACCACACGAGUUGCUUGAAUUAUUCAGAGCACUUAGCAGAAGCUUUUAUCCAAAGUAACUAACAUUAAGUAUAUUUUUCAGAAGAAAUAAAAAAAACAAAUCGCUGUCGGUACAGUAAGGAUGUUCAUAGAACCCACUGCCAAGCACUAACAAUCGCUAGGUUAACCCAUUCCCUAUACGCAACAAAGAUAGCUUGGGUGAGAUGCUACAUAAUGAUGUGUGUGAUUUUUAUGUGCCGGGACGUACAACAAACAAUAAGUAGGUACAUUAAGUGCCAGGACGUAAAGAAGUGUGUAAAACGGAUCACCUGGUUAAUGAGCUUGGUAGUUUGAGCCUCAAUUAACUCACAUUGCUAAUGAGCUGCUUCAUCUCGUCCGGGGUGAGCCGGGUUUCGUCUGUCUCCCCGGUGAGGCAGUUCACCAGCUUCUCCAGGUCGUUUUCGUCCAGAGUGCCGUCAUCGUCAAAAU